GCCGACUUGGUGACUUUGAAGCUCUCCGGCCGGAUGGCUGCCGCUUAUUGGGACAUCCCAUACGGCCCGGAUGGCAGCGCUGCGCCAGAGAACACCCGGUACCUGCGCCUGCACCGACCACCGGACGGGGUCAAAGCGGCUCAUGCGACGGUGGUAGUGCUGCACGGGGGCUACUGGAAGAAUCAGUAUGGCAUUGGAGACGCCUACGGCAAUGCUGGCACUAUCUCCAUGGGCCCGUUCUUCCUCUCCAAAGGAUUUGCGGUGGUGGAGCUGGAGUACCGUCGCAGGGAUCAUGAGGGAGGGGGCUGGCCGGGCACCAACCAGGACGUUCUCGCGGCGCUCGGCCGGUUGCGGGGCCUGGCGGAAGAGGAACCAUACGCGGAGGCCGCAAAGGUUCUGAACCUCGAGAAGCUCAUCCUGGUCGGCCACUCUGCAGGAGGCUGCCUGGCGCUCUGGGCUGCGCAUCACCUGCCGGCAGCGUGGUCGCAGGUGGCGGUGCUGGCAGCGGCGCCGGUGGCGGAUUUGGUGCUGGGCCACGAGCUCAAGGUGUCGGACGAGGGCGACGCGGUGGAGCUGUACAUGAAGCAAGCUCCCACGUCCCCGGAAGCCUUGGCAGAGUACCGGAAGGCGUCUCCUGCCGCGCUGCUCCCAGUGAGCUUCCCCCUCUUGGUGGCCUUUGGGGACGCGGACAAGGAUGUGCCCCCGGACUUGGUCAGGUCCUACGCCAAAGCGGCGGCGUCCAGCGCCCCCAGCCUGGUGUCGGUCCUGGAGAUCCCCGGCGCGGAUCACUUCGACGUGGUGAACGCGGAGAGCGCGGCGUGGCUCGGGCACGUGGUGCCGGGCCUGGGAAAGCUGCUGGAGGCCCAUUGGGGACCAGACGCCGGCGCAUUGCGGUAA